AUGAUAUUCUUUUCCAUUUUCCCGUACGCGGCAUUCGUGCAGGUGGUGGACACGGAGCUGUUCAAGCGCCUGCAGGAGAUCCACGGCAAAGACUACCAAGGUUUCAUAGCGACAAAGCUUGUCCCCGUAGUUGGCGACGUCAGGGAGACCAACAUCGGCAUUGCCCCCGAGCUGGCCGAUGAGAUCGCGGAGCGGGUGGACAUCAUCGUCAACUCCGCCGCCAAUACCACCUUCGACGAGAGGUAUGAUGUCGCCAUGGACAUCAACACCGUGGGGCCGUUCCGGAUAAUGAGUUUCGCGCAUCGGUUUCGAAGGCUGAAGCUCUUCCUGCAAGUGUCCACAGCGUAUGUGAACGGGCAGAGGCAGGGUGUCGUGCUGGAGAAGCCGUUUCGGUUGGGAGACACCAUUGGAAAAGGGUCAGCUGGAUCCUCGGAUUCUUCGGAGCAGCACAAGAACGCCGUGCUGGACAUCGAGGCGGAGAUCAAGCUGGCCUUCGAUUCGAGAAGGCGCGCCGAUGAUGACUCGGCUUCGUUCUCUCAAGAGAUGAAGGAUCUAGGACUAGAGAGAGCGAAGCUCCAUGGGUGGCAGGACACCUACGUGUUCACCAAGGCCAUGGGGGAGAUGGUGAUCAACAGCAUGCGAGGGGAGAUCCCCGUGGUCACCAUCAGGCCCAGCGUGAUCGAGAGCACCUGGAGAGACCCCUUCCCGGGCUGGAUGGAAGGGAACAGGAUGAUGGACCCUGUUGUCCUCUACUACGGCAAAGGCCAGCUGAGUGGAUUCCUCGCCGAUCCGGCCGGCGUUCUAGACGUGGUUCCGGCGGACAUGGUGGUGAACGCGACGCUGGCGACGAUGGCGAAGCACGGCCGGGCGGCGGAGGGGGGAAUGCACGUGUACCACGUGGCGUCGUCGACGGUGAACCCGCUGGUGUUCGGCGACCUGAGCCGGUUCCUGUUCCAGCACUUCACGAGGAGCCCCUACAGCGACGCGGCGGGGCAGCCCAUCGCCGUGCCGCCCAUGCGCCUCUUCGACACCAUGGAGCAGUUCGCCAGCUACGUCGAGACGGACGCGCUGCUCCGGAGCGCCAGGGCCGGCAUCCCCGCCGACGAGCGCCUCUCGCAGCGCCUCCAGGAGCUCUGCGCCAAGUCCGUCGAGCAGACCAUCCACCUCGGCAGCAUCUACCAGCCCUACACUUUCUACACCGGCAGGUUCGACAAUGGCAACACGGAGGGGCUCAUGGCGGAGAUGUCGGCAGAGGAAAAGGCGGCAUUCCACUUCAACGUGAGGAGCAUCGACUGGACAGACUACAUCACCAACGUCCACAUCCCAGGGCUCAGGAAGCACGUCAUGAAAGGGAGGGGCAUCGCCACGGAAACGCCACCCUCCUCCACGGUGCUCGCCGCCACCUCCACAGUGUGA